AUUUCCCACUCUAAAAUCCAUGUUCCAUAACAAUCAUAACUGUAUUUGCAGCCUGUACCUCUCCAAAGAAAAGUAGACUUCUUUCAACACACAAAACCCCCAAAAAUAAAUAUCAAAAACUAAAAUCUUGAAACUCGAGAUCAAAUCAUAUUUCAGAUCCCAAUCUCAAGUUCUCAACUUUUCAUGAUCUGGGUCAUAUAGAAAGUUACUUUCUUUGGAACCAAACAGUGCUUAAAAGUUUGAGAUGAGGAGGAGACCAGUGGACUUUAGGAGGCCAGUAAGGAGGAGGAUAUCAAGUGUGGUGUGGUGGACUUUGUGUGGUAUAUCUGUGUUGCUGUUUAUAGUUAUUUUUAGCAAAGAGAGUCGUAUUGAAUCAAGAUCCACCAGCUUUAAUAAGUACUAUACGAAGUAUGAGAAAAACAUUGAAGGCCUAAACAUUACAGAGGAAAUGUUGAGCCCCAACUCAAUCACUAGGCAACUUAGUGACCAAAUUUCUCUUGCAAAAGCUUUUGUUGUGAUUGCAAAAGAAAGUAACAAUCUUCAGUUUGCUUGGGAAUUAAGUGCCCAAAUCCGCAAUUCCCAGGUCCUCCUUUCAAGUGCUGCAACGAGACGAGCUCCUUUAACCACCAGGGAAUCAGAAACUGCUAUCCGUGACAUGGCACUUUUGCUCUUCCAAGCCCAGCAACUUCAUUAUGAUAGUGCAACUAUGAUUAUGAGACUUAAAGCCAAAAUCCAAGUUCUUGAUGAACAAAUGGGUAUUGUGAAUGAGAAAAGCUCUAAGUAUGGUCAAAUAGCUGCUGAAGAAAUCCCAAAAGGACUUUACUGCAUUGGUAUUCGGCUAACUACUGAAUGGUUUGGAAAUCCAAAUCUACAGAGAAAAAAGAAUGAGAGAAUGCAAAUUCAGACAAAACUUAGAGAUAGCAACCUCUAUCAUUUCUGCGUCUUCUCUGACAAUAUCCUUGCAACUUCAGUUGUUGUCAAUUCAACUGCUUUAAAUUCCAAGAAUCCAGAUAUGGUUGGGUUUCAUCUUGUAACUGAUGAAAUAAACUACAUCGCAAUGAAGGCUUGGUUUGCCAUGAACACUUUCCGAGGAGUUACUGUUGAGGUUCAGAAGUUUGAAGACUUCAAAUGGCUAAAUGCUUCUUAUGUUCCAGUGCUUAAGCAGCUCCAAGACUCUGAAACUCAAAGCUAUUACUUUUCAGGCCAUAAUGAUGAUGGCCGGACUCCAAUCAAGUUCCGGAACCCAAAAUAUCUAUCUAUGCUUAAUCACCUCAGAUUUUAUAUUCCUGAAGUUUUUCCUGCAUUGAAGAAGGUGGUAUUUCUUGAUGAUGAUGUAGUUGUUCAGAAAGAUUUAUCUGGUCUGUUUUCAGUUGACUUGAACAGCAACGUUAAUGGAGCAGUUGAGACAUGCAUGGAGACAUUUCACAGAUACCACAAGUACCUGAACUACUCUCACCCUCUUAUUAGAGAACAUUUUGAUCCUGAUGCGUGUGGUUGGGCAUUUGGAAUGAAUGUUUUUGAUUUGGUUGAGUGGAGGAAGCGAAAUGUAACUGAAAUCUACCACUACUGGCAAGAAAAGAAUGUGGAUCGGACACUCUGGAAACUUGGGACACUACCUCCUGGACUUUUGACUUUCUAUGGGUUGACAGAGCCAUUAGACCCCUCAUGGCAUGUGUUGGGAUUGGGCUAUACAAAUGUUGAUCCUCACUUGAUAGAGAAAGGGGCAGUGUUGCACUUCAAUGGAAACUCCAAGCCAUGGUUGAAAAUUGGGAUGGAAAAAUACAAGUCUCUCUGGGAAAAGUACGUAGACUAUAGUCAUCCUUUAUUACAACAGUGCAAUUUUCAUUGAUUUUGGAAAUGGAAGCUUCAUAUUUUCCCUGGUGCGUAAGAACAUCAAAAUUUUGUAGAUCAAGUAUGCUUGCACAAUUUUUACAGGAUCAAGCACGGCCGUUGGUUGUAAAAGUGCCUGUUGUAGUAUAGAAUGUUAAUUUAACAUCAUUUAUUCAAGCAUUACUGCCUACUGCCGAGCAAGUCUUUUCAGUUUAUUAUGCUGGCUAGCUUUAAGCUCAAACCAGCAUUCAUCCAUUAUAGUUUUACUUGAUCUUCUUUCCCUUUUCCAACA